AUGUCAUCUUACUGGCCAUCUGCUCUUCUGGGCGGGGCGCCCAACGAUACUAUUGCUCGUUACUCAAAAAAGAACGUUGCUGUAAAUGGACCAAAAGGCAAUGGCAACUUUGUACUGACUCUCCCUGUUUCUAAACAACUUCUCAAGGAUGCCGCUUACCAGACUGGUGAAGAGUUUACUCAUUUGAGCUAUACCGCAGUCACUUGUGACCCUGACGAGUUUCCAAAAAAAUAUGACUUGCGUCCUCGCCGCUACAACCGUCAGAUCAAGAUUGCAUUGGUUGUUACCAUGUAUAAUGAGGAUGACAAUCUGUUUAUUAAAUCUAUUCUUGCUGCCCAAAAAAAUAUUGCCUAUCUUUGCUCUGACCAAUGCCCUUACUCUUGGGGUCAGGACGGUUGGAGAAACUUUGUUAUUUGUAUUGUAUCGGAUGGUCGCACAAAGAUCAACCCUCGUGUCCUUACUGUCUUGGGUGUCAUGGGCUGCUAUAUGGACGGUCUUCCUCGCUCCUCUGUCAACGGUGAUCCCGUUACUGGCCAUAUUUUCGAAUUCACGACCCAGAUCGCUGUCGAUAGAGAUAUGGCUGUUCGCACUAGAAAGAUGGGCAUUUUCCCCACCCAAAUAAUCUUUGUCCUAAAGGAAAAGAAUGCCAAAAAGAUCAAUUCCCACAAAUGGUUUUUUAAUGCCGUCUGCGAGGUCAUUGCUCCCGAAGUUACAAUGUUGCUCGAUGUCGGUACUAAACCUUCGGCAGUAUCUUUUUACCACCUAUACCGCUCGUUUGAGCGUGAUCCUCGUAUCGGUGGUGCUUGUGGUGAAAUUGCUGCCGAAUUGGGAGCCAGUUGUACCAAUUUGCUUAAUCCUUUGGUCGCUACUCAAAACUUUGAAUAUAAAAUGUCCAACAUUCUUGACAAACCGCUUGAAUCAGUAUUUGGUUACAUUUCCGUACUUCCUGGUGCCUUUUCUGCCUACCGUUACAAAGCCCUACAGGGUGAGCCAUUGUACAAAUACUUCCUUGGCGAGAAACCUGGCGCAGAUAUCUUUACAUCCAACUUGUACUUGGCUGAGGAUCGUAUUCUGUGCUUUGAGCUGAUUACCAAAAAGCAUGAAGCCUGGCGUCUAAAGUAUGUCAAAUCUGCCGUUGCCGAAACAGAUGUUCCCAGCACGCUUCCUGAAUUGAUCUCGCAGCGUCGUCGUUGGCUCAAUGGAUCUUUCUUUGCUUCGGUUCAUGCUCUUACUCACUACACUCAAAUCUUCCAAUCCCCUCAUUCCUUUUUCCAAAAGUUUGUUUUCACGCUUCAAUUCAUAUACAACGCCGUCAGUCUUGCAUUCAGUUGGAUUUCUCUUGCCAAUUUCUAUCUUGCCUUUUACUUUUUAUUCAAAGUGUCCAAUACUGUUAAUCCUAACUCUCUUCCAUUUGGCACACAGUCUGAAAUUGUUGAUCUUGUUAUGCGUGAACUUUAUAUUUUCUCCAUUAUUGCCAUUUUCAUUUCUUCGCUCUCUAACCGUCCUCAAGGAUCAAAAUGGCUAUACUAUGGUCUAUCUGUUCUUUUCUCUAUAAUUAUGUCUAUGAUGUUGUUUAUGGGUGUUUGGUCGAUUUACCAGGCUGUCGUUAAUUUCAAAAAUCGUGGCAUUACAUCCUCUGGCAGACAGGAGACUCCGUUUGAAUACUUCCGCACCACCACUGUAUUUAGAGAUCUUGUUGUUUCCAUCAUGUCGACCUAUGGUCUCUACUUUGUUGCUUCGAUUAUUCAUCUUGAUCCGUGGCACUGUAUUACUUCCAUGAUCCAAUAUUUGCUGAUUUUGCCAACCUACAACAACAUCUUUAUGAUUUAUGCCUUCUGUAAUUUGCAUGAUGUCUCGUGGGGCACCAAGGGUGAUAACGCGGUUGUUGAUGACAAGCCUGCCGUUGUCCAAAAAACCGCUAACGGUGAGCAAGUCUUUGAAGUUGAGAUUCCAUCCGAGGAGCAGGACAUUGAUGCAGCAUGGGCAGCUCAUAUCAAACAGCUGGCUUCAAACCGUGCCAAUCCGGAAGUCCAGAACAGCAAGCGUGACGUAAAAACCAAAUCUGAAGAUGUCUGCAAGGAGUUCCGUACUCGUGUUGUUCUUUCCUGGAUCAUUACCAACUCGCUAAUCAUUGCACUCUUUACCAACGAUGCCUUUAUCAACCAUGUAUUUAAACCCAGUCCUGAAAACUCGGUUAAUCCAUACCUGACAUUUAUAUUCUGGUCGGUUGCUGUUUUGAGUGCUAUCCGAUUCAUUGGAUGCUGUGUGUAUAUGGUUAUCUGGUGGGGUGAGAAACUCUCUGGAGCUGCUAGAGGCGGUAGUCGCAAGGUUCAUGCUUAAUAUCAAGCCUUUUAAAGGGGUUAAAUGUCAUCUUACCCAUUCCUAUACUUUCAUUUUGAACAUUUGAUAUCUUUCUUGUCAUGGCUGUAUUUGCCUUGUGAAAAUGAAGGUGCUUUUUGUUACCAUGUCGACU